AUGGGAAUUAGGGACUGUGAGAGGUGGAACAAGGCUGCUCUUGGGAAAUAUGUGUGGAAAGUGGCUGCUAAGGAAGAUUCCUUAUGGGUAAGGUGGGUUCACAGUGUAUACUUGAAGGGUAAGGAGUGGUGGGCUUAUAAGCCCAAAAAGUAUGAUGGUAUAGGUUGGAAGAAAAUCUGUAACAUCAAAGAUGAGCUUAAAUCCGGGUUCUGUGAUACCAGAUGGCAUACUAGCAGAUAUAGUAUUGUUGUUCAGGGCAAACUUAAAACAAGAGACAAACUGGUCAAGUUUGGGGUGUGCUUUGAUGAUAAGUGUCUUAUGUGUGGUGAGAAACCUGAUACCAGAGAUCACUUGUUCUUUGACCGUUUUUUUAGCAGAUGUUGUAUUUCGAAAGUCAGUGCUUGGUUAAACAUCACAGAACAACAUUUCCAGAUUGAUAGCUCUUGGAAACACUGGAGCAAAAGCUUGAAAGAGAAAGUUAGAAGGAAAGUAGGCCUGGUUGCUCUUACGGCUUUACUUACAACAUUUGGUGGGCUAGGAAAAGGAUCUUUGGGAUAA